AUGCUCGGCCCGCUCCUCAGGUUCCUCUCGGCGUGCGGCGGGACCUCGCCCCACGCCCCCAACGCCCCCGCCCCCGCCUCCUCCGAUGAGGCCCGCGACGGCCUGCUCUGGUGGCGCGACCUCGCGCGCUGCGCCGCCGGCGACCUCUCCGCCGCCCUCGUCCAGGCCAACCACGUCCUCGAGGACCAGUGCCGCCUCCACUCCGCCCCGCCCCUCGGCACCCUCCUCGCCCUCUUCGACGGCCACGCCGGCCACGCCGCCGCACGCUUCGCCUGCGACCACCUCCUCCCCAACCUCGCAGAGGCGGCGUCGGGCCCGCGGGGCGUGACGGAGGCCGCGAUCAGGGCCGCCUUCGCGGCCACGGAGGGGGCCUUCAUCGCCCAAGUCUCCGCCCAGUUCGAGUCCCACCCGGACGCCGCCACCGUCGGCUCCUGCUGCCUCCUCGCCGUCGUGCACGGCCGCACGCUCUUCGUCGCCAACCUGGGCGACUCCCGGGCCGUCCUGGGCAGAAAACCCAACCGCGGCGGCCAGGUCGUCGCCGAGCAGCUCUCCAGCGAGCACAAUGCCAACAUGGAGCCCGUCAGGGAGGAGCUCCUCGCCCAGCACCCCGACGACCCGCAGAUCGUCGCGCUCAAGCACGGGGUAUGGAGGGUCAAGGGCAUCAUACAGGUGUCGCGCUCGUUGGGCGACGCCUACCUGAAGGACGCCAAGUUCAACACGGACCAGAUCAAGCCCAAGUUCAGGGUCGCCGAGCCCUUCAGCAGGCCUAUAAUGAGCGCCGACCCGUCCAUCGUCUCCCGCACCCUUCAGCCGACCGACAGUUUCCUCAUACUUGCCUCCGAUGGCUUGUGGGAGCACCUGAGUAACCAGGAAGCUGUCGAGAUCGUUCACAGCAAUCCACGCGCUGGAAGCGCAAAGAGGCUCAUAAAAGCGGCUCUCCAGGAAGCAGCACGGAAACGUGAGAUGCGGUACUCAGACCUCAUGAGGAUCGACAAGAAAGUCCGCAGGCAUUUCCACGACGAUAUUACUGUCAUCGUCUUAUUCUUCAAUCACGAUCUAUUAGCAAAAGGAAAUGCUCCAGUACAGCCCCUUUCAAUCAGAUGCCCCUUAGAUAACUGAUCACGAGCUAGUUCGUCCAUGGAUGCUCUGUUUCUGUCAGCGGAACUCGGCUUCGUCAGUACACAGCGCAAUCAGCUUGCAGCAGUUUUCUUUCCGUCUAUGUUUUUCUCUUGCGCUUGCACAUAAAAUUUGACUACUUGUUAAAUUACCAGUUUUCCCCUAAAUUAUCAGUUUUCCCCUCUUAAAGAUGUCGGAUAAGUGUGGAUAUUCUUCAGGCCUGGAGAUUUGCCUAGAGCUUACGAGGGGACUUUUUUUCUUUCUAGAAAGAUGUUUAUGAGGGAACCUUGUUAAGGAUUUUGUAACCGAAAAUUGAUUCAGUUUCGUGCUUACAUAAAAUGGCUUAUUCUGA